UUUGUACUGCUGUACAACAUGCGACACUUUUUUUUUUUUACAGAAAGCUGCCAAAGCUCGACUUGUGAACAAAAAGCUGAGAGAAGCUGAACAUCACGAGGAGAGAACCAUUUGAUGGAAGAAAAGAAAAAGCAAGAAGAAGAGACAAAGAAGGAUACUGCACAGAAAACGGAUACUGAACAGAAAACCAAAGUGCCAGACUCUGUUAAACCCAAUCCCAGCAUCCCUUCAAGCCCCAUUCUGACCCUGAACCUGCCUGUACCCUCUACUGCCACCACCAGCAAUGGCAAGCGUAGCCCUUGUAAUUCCCUCCAACAGCAUUUACCUCCAUUACAGCAGCCCAGUCCCCGAUACGUGCCCAGAGAGGUUCCUCCACGCUUCCGACAGCAGGAGCAGAGGCAGCUACUGAAGAGGGGUCAACCUUUACCUACAGGCGCUCUGAACCCGACCUCUGCUUGCACUCAGUCCGGGGUCAUCUCUCCUCCCGAGACGCCCACCAGCAAACGGCACACGGGUCUUCCCCAUCAAAGUGGACUGGGAGCCCAGCAUGAGAAUUGUCUUUGGAGCAUCCCAGUCAGCAAAAGCAACAGCAGCAACCGGGAUAAAGUGAUUUUUAACUGUAACGACACUGACACUUGGCCUUCCAAUACAUACGGCAAGAGCCACCAGACACCAGAAUGCACCUUGAAUGCUGAACGCACAUCAGAGGUUGUCAGCAACAGUAGCAGCACUAUUAUGGCUACAGGAGCUAGCCAGCAGGGUAAUUACCCAAUCAGCAAAGCCAGCAUUAAUCUCUCUUCUAGUAUGGUCUCUAGUCAAAGUGGCCCUACCAGGGGCUGGGUCUCAGAGGGAAAAAUUGACUUGUCCAUGGGCAGUAGAGGGCAGUCCAACUGGGGUGCCUCUAAUCUGAACCUAAAUCCCAGUGCCAACCCUGCUGCUUGGCCAGCACUUGGACAUGAGGGUCCUGGGGUAGGGUCAGGCCCUAGUAGCAUGGUUUGCUCAAAUCCACUUUCACUCAGUAUGUGUGGCCAAGGAGGAAUGGCACCACCUCAUGGCACCAAUGGAAAUGGUAGCAUUGGUUGUGUCAAUGGAAACCUUGUAGGGGACUGUGCAUGGGGCAACCCGGAUGUCCCAGAACAGCAUCAGUCACCCACAAAUGUAUCUUUCAACAUGAAACCUCCUAACCUUAAAAUUGAUGGACCAAAUAACAGUAAACCAGAGCCAAUGAGUCCAGUGAACAGCUGGAGAGGAAACCUCAGUCAGUCACCUACUGAGCCUGCCAGCGAAGAUGGAACUGCCUUCUGGGGCAACGGCGAUGCCAAAAAUGGAGAAUCUAAGGACUCAGGCUGGGUUUCUGCAGGCAUCUCCUCUUGGGGGCAGAGAGGAGCUAGCAGUGGUGGUGGCUGGGGUGACUGGGGCAAACAACCAAGCACUGAAGGUACAGGAUGGGAUGUAAAUGAUGGUCCUUCCCAGGACCAUAUGAGUUCCUGGGGCCCUGAUACUCCAGCAAGUGAGGGCAGCAGAGACAGUAGUGAGGGCCACCCAAGAAGAAGAGAAAGGUCCUCAAGUGAUGAUUUGGCCCCUUUGCUCCCAAGGCAGGACUUGGACCCACGUGUCCUCUGCAACACAGGCUGGGGACAGACUCCAGUUCGCCAACACACUGUUUGGGAAAUGGAACAAAGUCCAGACAAAAAGAAUGGUGCAGGGACUGAGGUCUGGGGGUCUUCCUCCAACACACCUUCAUCUGGACCUGCACCACCUCCUCCUGGAUGUGCCAGUCCCAACCUUAGUGUACCUCCUAGAAUGGAGACAAGCAAGAGCGAGGGAUCUUGCAGGGCCAUACCAAAUGCAGGCUGGGGAGGAUCAGUCUCAGCCUCUUCUCAGCCUAACAGUGGAUGGGGGGAACCUCCUGCAAAUAAAAAGGUUCCCAAUGGAUCCCAGUGUGGCUGGGGUGAUCCUGUUGCUGAAGGUCCCAAUACCAGUGGCUGUAAUGGCCAAUCCUGGGCUGAGGAAAAGUCCCCUAGCUGGGAUGAUGGUACUUCUCAGAAGAAAACACAAGGUUGGGGUAAUGGAACCAAAACUUCCUCAGGCUGGGGAAGUAGUGGCAGUGGGAAUAGUGGAGAGUGGAGUGACCCUUCAGAAAUGCGAAAGAAUGACUCUGGAAGUUCCUCUUGGGACACUGACAACAGAAACUGGAAAGAAACACAGAGAGGGUGGGGUAAAGCAGAACCAGCACAGGGUGGUAGUUGGGGUGAUGCUCAACAUUCCAAUGGUUCAGCCCAAGGUUGGGGUGGAAAACUUCAGGAAUCCACAUGUGACAACGGUGGAGCUGGAGGCAUAGGAUCAUGGAGUGGCCCAAAUUCUGUGAAACAGAGCAACUCUGGCUGGGCAUCAGAAGAGCGACAGGAGCCGGGAGAUGAGGCCACAGGCUGGGAAGAACCCUCUCCUUAUUCUGUUCGUCGCAAAAUGGAAAUUGAUGAUGGGACCUCCACCUGGGGUGACCCCAGUGCUUACAGCAAAAGUGUAAACAUGUGGGACAGGAAUAACUCCCAAAAUCAUCCAGGAACCAGCAACAGUGGCAACAGUAAUAGCCUCACUGGGCCAAACAACAAUAGCAAGUCUUACCAACACCACAGCCAAGGUCCCACUCAGAACCAUGUCCGUGGUAGCAACAACAAUGGAUCACCCAAUCAAGGUGAAUUUCCUCUCAACAGAAUGCCCGUGGUGAACCCAGGCUGGGGAGAGCUCCCUAAUGUACAGCCAAACUCAGAACCCUCUUCAUGGGGCGAGCCAGCCAAUUCUAACUCUUCAGUGGGCAGUGGAACUUCAGCUUGGGGCCAGCCCUCUAGGGGCUGUGGGGGAUGGGGUGAAGGUGGCCAUGACUCCAGUGGACCUUAUGGCAGAGGAAAUGCACCUGCUGGAUCAGGCUCCUGUCAGGAAGGUCCCAAAUCUAUGCAAGAUGGCUGGGGAUCAGGAGGGGAAGAGAUUGGCAUGAACACUGGCCAAUGGGAUGCUGAUGAUGGUGACAUGUGGAACAGUCCUACAUCCCAAGAUUCCUCUUGUAACUCCUGGGGUCAAUCCAAGAAGGGCCCACAAAGGGGCAAGGUCUCCAACAAGCAGGAUGAUGUUUGGAUUAUGACCAGACUUAUCAAGCAGCUUACAGAUAUGGGUUUUCCAAAGGAUCCUGCAGAAGAAGCCCUAAAGAGCAACAAUAUGAAUCUGGAUCAGGCCAUGAGCGCUUUGUUGGAGAAGAAAACUGAACUGGACAAACGGGGGAUGGGCAUGUCAGACUACAGUAAUGGGAUGAAUAAGCCCAUAGUGUGCCGACCCACAAACCUCUCCAAAGACCCCUCACUGGAUCGUGCCCCCUUCCUAGACAAGGACGGUAGGCUGUCAGAUGAUGCUUCAACCUCACCGUUUAUGCCUUCUCCUGGCCUCAAGCUCCCACUGGCCAAUAGCAGCCUCCCUAGCCACGGAUUGAGUGGGGUCUCCUCUGGCCUGUCCAUGCAAAACUUGAACAACAGACAGAUGCAGAAUGGAAUGUUCGGCACUAACGGAGCAGCACAAACUCGGGUCAUGCAGCAGCAGGCCCUGCCCCCUCAGCAACCAGUGCCACCUCUUAGCUCCACCCAGCCUACUCUACGUGCUCAAGUGCCUCAGCUUCUCACCCCUCAGGUUCAAGCACAGCUAUUACAGUUUGCGGCAAAAAACAUUGGACUGAAUCCUGCACUUUUAACCUCACCAAUAAAUCCUCAACAAAUGACCCUGCUGUACCAACUACAACAACUGCAGGCGGCGUAUCAGCGUUUGCAGAUUCAGCAGCAAAUGAUGCAGGCUCAGCGUAACGUCUCUGGUCCCAUCAAACAACAAGAGCAGCAAGUUGCACGUACAAUCACAAACAUGCAGCAGCAGAUCCAGCAGCACCAGCGUCAGCUGGCCCAGGCCCUGCUUAUGAAACAGCAACAGCCUCCACCUUCCUCUCACACUGGCCUGCACCCAAAUCUUGGCAAGGCAAGCCUGGAUACUUUCACGGGUCAUCCUCAGACUUCAGGCCUCUCCAUUUCAGACCUGCAGACCAAAGAGCAGCAGUCUUCUCCAAACUACUUCAGCCCUUAUACACUCUCUGGUUUGAACACGAACAUGAAUGUAAACUGUAUGGAGGUGGGAAGUCUAUCUCUCAAAGACCCCCCUCAGCCUCAAUCCCGGCUCUCGCAGUGGACUCAUUCAAACUCCAUAGAUUCCCUGUCAGCUAGCGCUCAGCACAUGGAGGCAAACCUCAAUAAGCAUGGUUCAAUUUCUUCUGCUCAGUCCCAUGUUCCUGUCGGAAAGAGCACCAUGGAAGAUUCCUUCAGCCCAUACAAUCUAAUGUCAAGCUCUGAAUCCCCCACCAGCACCAUGGUGUCUCCAGAGAGCUGGACACAAGGCAAAAGUCCCAAUGAGAAAAUGUCUAGUAACUCCAAUAUCAACUGGCCUCCUGAAUUCUGCCCUGGGGUGCCAUGGAAAGGUCUGCAGAACAUUGACCCUGAGAAUGACCCCAACAUGACCCCAGGAAGUGUUCCAAGUGGCCCCACCAUUAACACUAACAUACAGGAUGUGAAUCGCUACCUGUUACGUGACAGGACUGGAGGUAAACUCUUGGAAAUGAAGUCUACCUGGUCCCCUGGACCCAUCUCCCACACACAGGCCUCUUUAUCUCAUGAGUUAUGGAAGGUUUCCCCAGGGACACGUAACUCCAGUGCUCCCUCACGCCCCCCUCCAGGCCUGACCAACACCAAGCCCUCCUCCACCUGGGGAGGAAACUCUCUUGGCCUCAGCCAGGGCUGGACCAGCUCUUACUCCUCAGAAGGGGGAACUUGGAGCACUGACAGUCCCAACAGAGGAAGCAGCUGGCUGGUACUGAGAAACCUCACUCCUCAGAUUGACGGCUCCACCCUGCGUACUCUGUGCAUGCAGCACGGCCCUCUCAUUACCUUCCAUCUGAACCUGACGCAGGGCAAUGCUGUUGUACGUUACAGCUCCAAGGAGGAGGCUGCCAAAGCUCAAAAAUCCCUGCACAUGUGUGUGCUGGGUAACACUACCAUCCUGGCAGAGUUUGCCGGUGAGGACGAUGUGAACCGCUUCUUUGCACAGGGCCAGUCUCUUACCUCCACCACCAGCUGGCAGGCCAGCCCAGCACCAGGCUCCAAUCAACCCCGGCUGGGCAACCCUGCUGCCAGCCACCCCACAGGCCUUUGGAGCGGGGGUGGAGGAGGUACCAAGACAGUCUGCAGUACCGGGAACAGCAGCAGUGGAAACAGAGGCGACCUGCUGUGGGGAGGUGUGCCACAGUACUCCAGAUUGUGGGCUCCCCCAAAUGGAGACGACACCAGGGUAAUCGGCAGCCCCAUCCCAAUUAACACUCUGCUCCCAGGAGACCUGCUGAGCGGAGAGAGCAUGUAGGAUGUAUCGGAUAUCAUAAACCAACCAAGUCAAAAGACCUAAUGAAUCAAAACCCAAGCAAAUCAAUGUGGCGAUAAUCACUUUUUUUAGUGGAGCUGUAAUGGAGGUUUAGGGUGAAACAAAGCUGCAAAUCUCCCAGUGCUGUUUAUUUGUCCUCUGGUUUUUACGUCAGACUCUUUGUUGUGUUCAUGGAUCUUGUUCUUAGUGUUCAAAGACCUUGAGAAGCAAGAAUCAGUAGAAGCCUUUUAAUGAUUUUUUUUUAUUUCCAAAAGUUGUUUUUUUUCUCAGAAGUGUUGUUCAGGAGAAGCCAUCAACGAGGCAGCCAUCUGAAAGUGACCCAGGCACAGUGAGACCUCAUGACACCUUUCCCUAUAACGACAAUGUUCUGAUGAUUGGAUUGAUCCUGGUACUUUUUUUGGUUUUAAAUUUUGCAUAGUCUCUUCAGAACUUAUAUUAGCCGUAAGUGCUCUCUCUCCAGGUCCUCCUUAAAACGUUUAUUUUAUAAAACCAACAAAAAAAAACUAACAAAAAAAAAAAACUUUGUAUCUUGCACAGUUCUGUUUCUGAGCCAGCGAAUAGGCCAGAGCAAAUGAGAAGAACACUCCUAGCAGUGGCCUGACAGCAUGACUAAUCACCAAUGAAUUUUUUUUUUUUAAUUCUUUUAGUUUUACAAAAGGGAGCUGCACUGCUCUAUGAUUUCAAUUUACUCACGCCAGUUUGUUUUUACAAAAAUAUGUGUAUGGUUUAAAAAAAAAAAAAUAAGCUGAAUGUUAAGCUUGGGUUUAGAUGAAUGAAUGUCAGUAUGUCUGCUAGAACUUGACCAAGCAUCUGUGUGCGAGUACAUAACCACUGUUAAAAACUCUUAGUGGAGGCUUUUUAAUUACACCUGAUGGACUUCAGUGCUGAAUCAAUCAGAAGUUAUUCAGUUACUAUGUGAUGCAUCUGGUUGGCCAUUUUUAUUGAGAUACAACCGAGACAAGAAACUCAUUCUGAUGCAUUGUGCAAUAGAAGCCAGAGACCCUUUCUUCCGUCCACACUGAAGCUUACUGAAACUUAAGACUCCUUUUUUUUUUUUCUUGAAGACUUUUGAAGAAUUUAACCUUUGAACUCGUUUUCCCACCUUGCCUCUGUCUGUCUGGCUUGCUGGCUGUCCGGUAUUUGCGUGGAAAGGAGGAACAGUUAAUUGUGUUUGGCAUCACUCCAUGCAGUUUUAAACUCGGCAUGUGUGGGAUCAAACAGUCUCCCAACCACUUCUUCACCAAACAGAAACGGAAUCCAGAGCGGAGACACAUGGCGCGGGAGUCAGGCACAAAUACCAAAUACAAUGGGUUUCUCUUAAUGCAGUACAGAAUAAGAGACCUUUGCAUUUGGUACAAACAUAAAAGACAUCUAAGUUUUCUAUGUCUCUUUUUAAAGGGGUAUUAUCAUAGCACUUAUUACAAGAGUUAUGCUCCUUCUGUGAAGCCAAUAAAUCAGAUAAUGGAGCGUAUAGUAAAAAAAAACAAAAAAAAAACAGCGACAACAAAAACUUCUUAUGGCAACUUUUAACUUUUUUUCUUUGUUUUUGUACCUUACUGGUAUUCAAAAAAAAUGUACUCGUUUGUCGUGCAGAAAAAAAAAUCAGAAUGAAGGGAAAGAACAAACUCUACAAUCAUACAAAACUUGCAAUGUAUGUUUUUUUGUGUCUGUACCUUUUCCCCCUCUCUAUCAAAGUGAAUGUCAUUGUUACUCAAAUGAAAUAGUCAAAUGUCUUUAUCUGUCUGGAGGAGGCACCUCGAUUAGAAAUAGUUGGAUGUGUGUGUUAGUGCCUCAAUGUGGAAACUGAUAGGAGGACGUUUGAUUCUCCAUCGCAACUUUCUCCGUGCAAGAAAGGACAGUAAUGACGUCAUGAUAUGGACGUUGGCGUCAUCAUUUAUCAUUUGCGUCCAUGUUGUAGUAACUUAGGUACGGAUCUUCGAAUGUCCCCCGUUCCUUCUCUGGAUAACAUCACACCUCUCAUGCAUCCUUACCUACUCAUGGUCUUGCAUGAUCUUUUUCGCUGGAGUUUGAGACAGAAUGGAAUUGCCAGUGUUGUAAAACAUGUUUUUUUUCACAUUCUGUUGGUCUUCAUGCAGUGGUCUUUAACUGCCUACAGUGCUCAUAUGCAGAUACACUUUAAAAGAGGUGCCUCUGUAUACCUGUCCUGUGUAACGAAUGCAAAUGAAGAUCGAUGGUGUGGGCCAUAUUUGUUUUGUUUUUGUUGCUGUUAACAGUGUUCUUAGGUCAUUUAGAUUAGGGCCUCUUGUGUUGAUGCGCGUGCCUGUGACCUCACCCUGGGUGUCCCACCUCUAACUCAGCUGCUAACAUCCUCUUUCUCUUGUGUGGCCUCAGUGAAGCCAACCCUGUUAUCGAGACAAGCCUCACGCACUUGAAAAGCCCUGUUUGAGCAGUGUUUCUAUGGACGGACUCUUUCUGCCACUGGCUCUUUAACUACAGCACACGGUUUGCUGUCACUAUGCAAAGUUAGAGAAGAUGGGCACGUAAUGUCCGCCCUGUGCCAAUCUGUGGCUUUGGAAGAAAGUUGGAAAUAUCUCACAGUCCUCCCGUAAUACUUUCUUACAUACUCAAGGCCAUUGCCAUCCUUGUAAACUUCGAGCCAAUUUCAUUUUUUGGAGGUCUGUGUGUUAAUUCUGCUGAAUUUGAUAAAUCUAAUUUCAAUACAAUCUCAGGGCACGACAAGAUGAACUAAAUUUAUGUUUAUUGAAAGUUGAUCGUUUUGAAGAUUUAUCAUUUGUAAGUGGUUUUACACAUUCAGUGAUGUGUAUGCAGCUUACAAAGUGUACAUUAAAGAAACGCAAGAGGAUAUUUAACAGUGGGGCAAUAAAUUUAGGAGGGUGGUUAGUUUGGGUCUGCUGCAGAGCCAUCAGUUCAUUUAUACAGUAAAUGGGACCUGCGUAUCUUACCUCUCUGCUGCUGGUUGUGUUGAAUUCCCCUAAUGGUCUCAUGUGCCAAUAUAUACAUAGAUAUAUGUACAGUACACUGUGGCAUCUCUGACUUCACAUCUUAAAUUCCAAUGUGUGUCGUUUUGUUGUAGAGCACUUCUGUUUGGAGGCACUUUGAUGAUUCUUGUGUGUUUGAGGUGGGGUUGGGUUCGAAAGGGUUGAGGAUAUUCGUCAGAUAUAUUUGCCACCUCAUGCUGAUUAUUUGUGAUAAUCUUGUUGCUGUCAUUGGAAGAAUCCUUUAUAACAAGCAAGAACUUUAACAGCAUUGGGGAUUAUGGUGUGCUAAUGGCAUACAGAUAAUGAGUAAUCCCUGGUACUUUUUUUGAAUACCAAAAAUGGAAUAGCAUUUUAAUAUCUUUUUUAUAAAAGUUUGACAAAAACACAAUGAAGGAAAAAGAUCUUUAACGUUUUAAAAAUGCACUUCUUGCUGAUAUUAUCUCCUGUUUGCUGGUCACGUUCUGAAGGUUGACAGCAAGCUGGAGUGCCUUUUGUGUAUGCUGUAUUAACUGUUUGUUUGUAAAAAUGGGUCCCUGAACUGUACAUUUCCAUCUCAGUUUCAGUUCGUUUUGGGCCUUUAUGCUGUAUAAAUCUUUUUUUUUGUUCUUUUGGGAAAAGACAUUUCAGCAGAUGUGUCUUAAGAUAUUAAAGUAAUUUUUUUCUGUUUCUGGGUGGGGGGGGGAUCACUGCUGCCUGUGUAUGUGACUGCCUUGUUCCAAACUCAGUCGCAGCUGACUGACAGUGAACCACAAUGUGGCUGAAAUUCCAAACAGUCAAACAUCACAGAAAGUCUCUGGUGACACCAGCAUAGGUAGACUACAACUAAACAUUAUCCUGUAUAUAAUCAUGCUCAUUAUAUAGAAAAAAAUCUGCUAUCAGAUUUCUGAAUCCUUCCCUUUUGAAACUACUGGGUGAAAUAUAAUUUGAAUUAAGCAAUAGACCUUGAUCCUUACAGUGUGUCAUCUGAGAGAAUUUUCCUAAAGGAAAAAAAAAAGAGGGAUCAUUGAUAGAUAUGAACCAAACAGUCUUACUGGAGUAGCAUGUUUAAAAUUAAAUGACACAGGACAUACAUGCAGUAUUUGUGUAUACCUUCAAUCAUUUUGUUGAAACCCUUAAUUAUGAACCGUGUUUUUGUCUCUAGGCAAAGAAUGAAAAAUCAUAAACAUAUCAAAAGAAAUAUGUUCACCGAUACUUGAAUUAAAGUGUGCCAAUUGUAAAAUGUGAAUUUAUUUUUUCUUACAUUUUUGUUUGGGUCUGACACUUUCAAGGUAUUUGAUAACAUGCUCACAAGAUUUAACAUUCUUCACAAGAAAGAAAAAAAAAGCGAUAUAAAAAAAAAAAAGUUUGAGUGGUUUUGUAUGUGCACUCUCUAAUCACUGCUUCUCGUCACAGGGCGACUGUCUGCAAUUAUGAUCCAUUUACUUAGUAUGUUGUACUGUCUGUUAUUUGUGUGUGUGUGUGUGUGUUUUAAAAAUUGUUCCAACAUGGUUACUAUCUAGCAUUGCACUGAGUGUCUUUUUUUCCCUUGCUCAGCUAUACUAAAAAAACUGAAAACUGCAGGGGAGAUGACAAUUCAUGUGUUAAUGUUUACUCAAGGACUUUAUGGAUUUAUUUUCAUCUUAAAAUGUUUAAAACCUGUAAAAAUGUAUCCUCAUAGUGGCUUUUAUUGUGGAUUAAUUCCCACAAGAGUUAUCAUUUUGAAGAGUGUUGCAUCCUUUCAGUUGCAUUAUUAAAAAUAAAAAUGUAAAAAUACAAAAAAAGAUUAGAAGAUAAAAAGUGAACUUUGGCCAUAGUGAGAAAGUUGGUAGAGAAGCAGUUACAUUCAUGGAUGAACAGUAAAGAGAACCAGAUGCUAGUUAGUGACAUUCUGACUCAUUUCAAAAGGUGCCUCACUUCCAUUCUGUGAAAUUCUUUUUCUUUUCAAAUCUACCUAGCGUUUACAAAUGGUUGAAUUGUCUGAACUUGCAAAAAGAAAAGAAAUUGAUUACAAGAAUGCAAGAAAAAAACUUCCAUCAAAUAAAUGUUUUUUAAAAAAAAACCUUUUCAAAUGAAGACGUAUGCUACUUGCUGAACUCUGGGAUUGUUUCAGUGUUGCAUUGUAUUUUGCUUAUGAAUUGCAUUAUUGUUCUUCUUGUUGGUUGAACUGAUCCUGAAAUGUCUUUAAGUUUUCAUUUCUGUAAAUGUAACAUGAUUCUGUCACUGUCUUGCACACUGACAAUAGACUUGGAUAUUUUCUCAGGAAGAUUAGGGGUCCAGAGUUCCAGUUCCACUGUUAUGAUGUUGAUUAUCAUGAGAAUUUAACAAAUCGGUUAAUGAAAGAAGAAAAAAGAUGUUGAUAGAAAUCCAGCUGUAAGCACUGAAGGUUAUGGAUUUAAAAAUGUCGUUUUGAAUUUUAAUCCGUAGCAGAUACACAUUUACCAAAUAUUAGAUUUGUAGUGAACCUAUGCGUUGUAUUUCUUGGAGUACUUUCCAUUUGAAAUAUGUUUGUUUGUAUCUGUCGCUUUAUGUACAAAUACAGUUUUGUUUGUUGGUUAGGUUGUGGAAGGACCUACCACUGUUUGAUUUUACCUUGCCUGAUGUUUCUCAACGAGGUCCAGUAAAAGAUGCUUGAUAUUCCA